AACACUGAGAGGAGGAGGAGGGGGAGUGGGAGGAGAAGGGCUGGGAGGGGCGCGCGCACCGUGAUUAUCGCACCGACAGAUCCGGGCUGCGCGCGACAUUCGGCGCAGAGAGAGAGAGAGAGAGAGAGAGAGAGAGAGAUCUUCCAGCAUCACAGUUAACGCAGAGCUACUGCGGGGAAAGGAGCGAUAGCUUAUAUAUUCUAACACCGGAAGCGAAAAGAAAAGAAAGAAGAGAUUAUUAUAUAAUAUAUAGUAAUAAUAAUCAGAAUAAAAAAAAUAGGAGGAGGAUCACGAGAAUGGGAAAUAAAAGAGGGUUCGUGUUAAUGACGUUGUUGACGUGGUGCGCGUGGACAGGAGUGCAGGGUCUGGCUAUGACCGAGGUGAAUGGACCAGUGGGAGGCCCCCUAGUGGUGGAGCCUCAGAUUGCAAUGUUUUGUGGCCGUCAGCUUCUGCACUUGAACACUGCGACAGGUCAAUGGGAGCCGGACCCACAGGGUCGUCAGGGCUGCUUCACCCAGCCCAGCAAGAUCCUGUCCUACUGUCAAGAGAUGUACCCAGGUUUGCAGAUUUCCCAUGUUGAAGAAGCUUCCACUCCCGUUACCAUCCCAGCAUGGUGUAAGAAGGGAUGGGGUCAUUGCCAGACUCGACCUUUUAUUGUCGUCCCUUACCGCUGUUUGGUAGGUGAGUACGUGAGUGAGGCUCUUCUGGUUCCAGACCGCUGUCGUUUUCUGCACCAGGAGCAGAUGGACACCUGUGAGAGCUAUGUCUACUGGCAUAACAUCGCUAAAGAGGCGUGCACAGCAGACAGUUUGGAGCUCCAUAGUUACGGGAUGCUGUUACAAUGUGGCGACCGUUUCCGAGGUGUAGAGUAUGUCUGCUGUCCAGGAAGAGGUGGAGCUAGUGGGCGUGGUGAAUAUGAGGGCGGGGACAGUGCCCAGGGAGCGACUCCGCCUUUAGUAUCGCUGGCUGGUGAGAAAGAGGCCACCAGCGUGAAGGUGACCCCUUCCACCCCCAGCCCCUCCCUUGAAACAGACAUAGAGGAGGACGACAUGGAGGAGGAAGAGGAAGCCGUGGAUGAGGAAGACAUUGAAGACGAUGAGGAUGAUGAAGAAGAUGAAGAGGCAGCACCCACGACAGUGAAGGAUCCGGAGGAGUACGAGUACUCCAUCGACAAUCAGGCUUCCGAUUAUCUGGAGAACUUCUACUAUGAGAAGAACUCUCAGGGUGCUAAGACCCCGACACAACAAACUCAACCACGGGGGGAUGUGCCCACAGUGCGUCCUACAGAUGGAGUGGAUGUGUAUUUCGAAAUGCCCAGUGAUGACAGCGAACACGCCAACUUCCUCCGCGCCAAGAUGGAUCUGGAGGAGCGACGGAUGAAACGCAUCAAUGAGAUUAUGAAGGAGUGGGCCGAGGCUGAUAACCAGUCCAAGAACCUCCCGAAAUCAGAUCGCCAGGCACUGAACGAGCAUUUCCAGGCCGUGUUACAGACUCUGGAGGAGCAAGUAGCAGGUGAGAGGCAGAGGCUGGUGGAGACUCAUCUGGCCCGCGUUGUAGCCACUCUGAACAAUAACCGCCGUCUGGCGCUGGAGAGCUACCUGAGCGCUGUGCAGAGCGACCCACCACAGCCAGAGCGAGUGCUGCAGGCUCUGAAGCGUUACUUGGCUGCCGAGCAGAAGGAUCGGAGACACACACUGCGUCACUACCAGCACAUCGAGUCUGUAGACCCUCAGAAGGCCGAGCAGAUGAAGUUCCAGGUGUACACUCACCUUCAUGUGAUCGAGGAGAGGAUGAACCAGAGUUUAGCUCUGCUCUAUAAGGUUCCUACACUAGCCGAAGAGCUCCACGAUGAGAUCCAGGAGUUGGUGCGGACGGAGAGAGGUGACAUCAGCGAGCUCAUGACCACAUCGUUCUCCGAGACCCGCACCACGGAGGAGUUGCUUCCUGCCGAGAGUGAGGAAGAGAAGGAGGACGAAGAGGAGGAGGAGAGAGCUUUCCAGAACCGUCCAUACCCACCUCGCAUAGAUCCUGAGCCAAGCAGCAAGAAAGUGUCUGCUGUAGACGAGUACGAUUACAGCACGUCUGAAAGAGCUCCCACCUACGAAUAUGAGGAGAAGUUUAACACCUCGGUGGAGCUGAAGCCAGUGGUCUACAAGUCUCCAGGAAUCCAGCGUGAUGAGCUGCAACCAGAUGUUCUUGAGACAUUUAACCGUGGGGCCAUGGUGGGACUUCUGGUGGUUGCUGUAGCAAUUGCCAUGGUGAUGGUGAUCAGUUUGCUCCUGGUGCGUCGUAAGCCAUAUGGCACCAUCAGCCAUGGAAUUGUGGAAGUGGACCCCAUGCUGAGCCCAGAGGAAAGGCAGCUCAGUAAGAUGCAGAACCACGGCUAUGAAAACCCCACCUACAAAUUCUUUGAGCAAAUGAACUAAAGCUAAAAAAAAAAAUCACACCCCUUUUUUCACUCACUUCCUGUUUACCAACAGGGGUUUCCAUAGCAACCCCCUGUCCCCUCCCCAACACUGUAUGUACGUUUCCAUGACCAAUGAUCAAACACAAACUCAAACAUGGCAGGCAAAUACAGAGUUUGCACUCGAAUGUUACUCAAAUGCUCUCAGAAAUAAAUAAAAGAGAGACGAGGAGUAGAUUUAUACAUUUGGUCUCUCGAAAAAAUGAUUCCUUUUUGUUUAGGGAGAUGCUGAAACCAUAGCAUGUCACGCAAUCAUAUAUCUAAAGCAGAGCUGGAAUAGUUUCUGCUACUGCUCUGGUUUCAGCAUUGCGUUCAGUUUUUUUUUUUUUUUUUUUUUUUAAAUGGAAUAUGUGGAAAAAAAAGGGGGGAAAAAAACCCCUCAUCGAACACUUUUUAUUGACUUCCAUUCUAAACAUUUAUUUUUUUGUGAAACUGUGAUGUGGGUGAAGUCAUACUUUAUAUUUCAGCAUGUAAAUAUAUGAGGGAGAAAAUCACUGUAGCUCUUAUACCAUUCGACCCCUGGUCUGUUAAAAAUGUAGAAAUAACACUCAUUUUCUAAGAUCUGUUGGUUAAGUCACGAGGGGAAAAGAGACUAGUGAUCCCUCUCAGACAUCUCUCACUUCACCACAUCAUGAAUACUAUUUCAUUCAUGUGAAAAGGAAUCGAAUCACAGAAUCAAAUCAUCGUUCCAAAUAUAACACCAACUUAAUCAAUUAGUGCUUAUUUUUAAUGACUAUUAUUCAUUGUACUGCUUCUUAGGGAGAAAAAAAAAUAAAAUAAAAUAAUCAGUGAUCUGCAGUCCACUAACUUAAAGAAGAGCAUGCUGAAUUUGGUGUAUUAUGCUAUAAACGUACUUGUGUUGUUCCUGUUUUUAUGCUUUUUGAAACUAAAAAUGUCACCGUUAGACAAAAAAUGCGUGUAUAACUGAAAAGGUAUCUACAAUAGACGUUUCUGUUGUUAAUUUGUAUCGAUGCGCUAUGUGGAAUGUCGAACUUUAAAAAAGACGACUUUGUGCUGCUCACACCGAGAGAGUAAAAAAAAUUAAAAAAUUAAAAAAAUCCUAACAUGGCUGAAUGAAAACGGACUGUUGUAUAAACCAGCACAAGACAACGACACCGUAACUUGACUGAAUGUAUAUUUAGGUAGACAUCGACUUCAUAGGCUUUUGAUUGAUUUAUUUUCUCCCCGACACACAGGCUACGUGGUCUGCUAUCGCUCGUCGUAAGUAGUUAAGUUGGACUCUGUUUUCCUACACCGUUGUUAACGGAUCGUUUUGUUUGAAUAGUAAAAAAUAAAUAAAACCAACAAUUUUACGCUAGAGAAGAGGGAGACGUUUGGUGUCGAUGCUUGCCGUUGGAGAGAUCAGGGUCGUGUAGCCCUGAUCUUCUGACGUGACGGUAACGAUCUGUUUGAUAGCCGAGGUUUGCGUUGCGUUCCGAUUCCAGCACGACGGCGAGAAACAGUGUCUGCGACGAAAAUCACCUCGGAAUCGCGUUCGGAAAGUGAAAAAUCGGCGCCGAUUUUCCCGUUUCCUCAGCCGUAACCUUGGCCUAACUUAUAAUCCGCGUCAUUGAUCUUUCCCCUGAAAUGCGAUCGAAAAACCGUUUGUACGAUAACCUUUCCCCAUCAGCACUUUUAAAUCAACCGAUUAAACAGCUCCACGAUAGGAAGUUGCUCAAUAAAUAUAGGUCCCGUUUAUUUGAUUUUUUAUUUUUUAUUUUCUUUUUAACUUUUUCCUGAUUUUGUUUGCACUUUUGACACUAGUGGAGCAAGUUAAUGGUUUCUCUAAGGAUUGAUCGACAGGUUGGGUUUUGAAUAUUCGAAUAUCAGGCGUUUUACAUAGAGAGCAUCACUUUGUCUAUGCUGUGGCUGCAUUAUGAUAUGUAGAAAGUAGCCUGAGUUUUCUGUAUAGACUGUACAGUACAUUUAGGAGAUGGAAAUAGUACGACACUUUUAUCUGUUAAAUGCAGUGAAAUCAUAGACGAGAAUCCACCUGCUGUUUAGCCCCAAAGAGUUCACAUGUCCGUAACACUGCAUUUGAAGGAUGCAACUCGAGGCAUAAUGCACAUUUAUAAGGCAAACAUAAACACAUUUGCAUAAUAAAUCUCAUUCAUGGGUUUGAUCAUGUCAAGUCACCGUGUGACAUCCAUCUACGUUAUGUGAACCUCAUAGUGGAAACUGGUCAAAUCUGUCCACUUCGAACUGUCUGCAUAAUGAUGAAUGUUCAAACAUCGCCUGGGUAGAACUGUCUUAUGAAUGUGUUUCGAUGUCCUGGUUUAAGAUCCUUUAGCUAAAGCGUAAAUUUUUUACCAGCAUUUAGCGGAGUUAGAACAGUGUAUUCUGUAGUGAUUAAACUGAAAUUUGUAUAGUUCUUCUCAUGACUAUUCCUGCUUCUCCCAACCCACUGGAAAUGUAAACAUUGUAACGGAGAUUUGAAUUGCUGCAUUAUUGCCUUUUUUUCAAUGCUGUGUUUUCUGGAUGUAAUUAUAUGUAUUUUUUAUUUAUAAGUCAUUCUCAGUUGGAGUUCGGGUCAUGCUUCUUUGCUCACAAAACAAAGGAAUAAAUGAAUCUCAAUUCAAUCAAAUAAGAAUUGGUGCUUUUUGCCCUGGAUUUCAUAUGUACCACACGGAUGUGGUUGCUGUAAAUUUAAAUGAACAUGUUACCUGGGCUAUGAAACUAAGCACAAGUGCAUUCAAAUUGUUUCAUUGUCGUGUACUCAUAAGAACGGUUCACCGAGUCUUCAAGCUAUUAAAAACAUUUCCGUUGCCAUGUUUUUCCCCUAAAAAUGUGUUUUGUCGAAAAUGUGUUGAAUGUCGAAUUGGCCUCCGUUUGAAUCACUGAACCGAUCUGGUGAAAACAUUACAGAGAACAUUACAAGUAGGAAUGUGUUGGUAAUAUAUUGAUUUUUAAACCGUUGGUGAACUAGCGCUUUGAAGGUGAAUUUUAAAGGCUUUUCAAGCGCUUCAGUUGUGAUUCAAUCCCGAACAAUAAGCUGUGUUCAAAUAUUUUUUCGAAUUUUUCGCCAAAGACAUGUUCCUGGGUGUGAUUGAAAGGUUCACUGAUUUGCUGUAUUUUGAAAUGGUACUAAUUGGGAUAUAUUGUACAAGCAAUCUAUCUGAGAACUGGUUUGGCUGAUUGUACUUACAUUAAAAUGUUAAUAAAAUUACAAAUGACCCACAAAAUCUACUGGGAGAUUGAUGUCAC